CUAAAUUGUUUUCAGAGGGCUAUGUUCAUUAUUCACCAUUGUUCUGUUUGGUCUGUGUACUGCACCAGUGGGGGGGAAGCAGCAGUGCUGUUCCCUGAAUAAACCCCCAGUGCAGGUCUCGCUCUUAGAUAUACAACUUGUCCAGAUGGGUUUCUUCAGCUCUGUUCAUAUGACAACGACGGUUGUUGUCAACAAGAAAAGGUGAAAUGUAAAACAACCAAAUGCUAUGAACGGGAGAAAUCGAUUAUAUAUAUAUAAAAAAUCAACAAAACAAAGUAAUUCUUUGGAUUUUUUUUUUAUAGCUUUGAACUAUAUGUUUAGUUAUGGAGAGUAACGUUGUACCGCAGAUGAAUGUAUAUUUUGUUUACACAUCCAGAAGUGUUUUUUGGAUCUGUUGUUAGCUCGUAGGCUAACUAGCUAGCCGGCGAUGUAUUUGUGAUUUGGCUGGCUGGCUAGCUAGCUGAAUUUUCUUUCUUCUCAAAGUUGUUUCGUGGAGAUAGUUAGCUUGUGUGUUACACAAAUAGUAGUUAGUUUUGUCAUUUUUUUGUCGUGAUUUGUAGGUUAGCUAACUAACCAGUGGCGACUACAUUGUUAGCUGGCUAGCUAGUUAGCCUCGACGUUUACAGGAUGAGUAACGUUAGCAGUCAAAAACGCCAGCAUUUUAAAGGAGCCGAAGUGAGCUGCACUGUCAAAUAUUUCUUGUUUGGCUUUAACAUCAUAUUUUGGUUACUGGGAGCAGCCUUCCUGGGCAUAGGACUGUGGGCAUGGGCCGAGAAGGGGGUGCUGUCCAACAUGGCCUCCAUAACAGACCUGGGAGGCUUCGACCCCGUGUGGCUGUUCAUCGUAGUGGGAGGAGUCAUGUUCAUCCUGGGAUUCGCUGGUUGCAUCGGAGCGCUACGGGAAAACACCUUGCUGCUCAAAUUUUUUUCGGUGUUCCUGGGCCUGAUCUUCUUCUUAGAGCUGACAGCAGGCAUCCUGGCCUUUGUGUUCAAAGACUGGAUCAAAGACCAGCUCAACUUCUUCAUCAAUAACAACGUCAAGGCUUACCGCGACGACAUCGACCUGCAGAACCUCAUAGACUUCACACAGGAAUAUUGGUCGUGCUGUGGAGCCCACGGUCCUAAUGACUGGAACCUGAAUAUCUACUUCAACUGCACUGAGUUUAACCCCAGUAGAGAGCGCUGUGGAGUCCCCUUCUCCUGCUGCGUCAAAGACCCUGCCGAAGACGUCCUUAACACACAGUGUGGCUACGACGUGAGACUUCAAGGGGAGUUGGACCAGCAGAAGUACAUCCACACCAAGGGUUGUGUGGGCCAGUUUGAGAGGUGGCUUCAGGACAACCUGAUCAUUGUAGCUGGGAUCUUUGUGGGCAUUGCACUUUUACAGAUAUUUGGGAUCUGCCUGGCUCAGAACCUGGUGAGUGACGUCAAGGCCGUGAAGGCCAACUGGUGAUGCCAGGACCCUGAGGGGGAGGGAGUACUCUGACCUUUGACCCCCCAACAUCCAGCUCACCUCCCACUGACCGCUGAGAGGUGAAAACACAAAGAGAUGUUUACCUCUGGACCUGCCAGGCUGAGAGGUGAAAACACAAAGAGAUGUUUACCUCUGGACCUGCCAGGCUGAGAGGUGAAAACACAAAGAGAUGUUUACCUCUGGACCUGCCAGGCUGAGAGGUGAAAACACAAAGAGAUGUUUACCUCUGGACCUGCCAGGCUGAGAAGUGAAAACACAAAGAGAUGUUUACCUCUGGACCUGCCAGGCUGAGAGGUGAAAACACAAAGAGAUGUUUACCUCUGGACCUGCCAGGCUGAGAGGUGAAAACACAAAGAGAUGUUUACCUCUGGACCUGCCAGGCUGAGAGGUGAAAACACAAAGAGAUGUUUACCUCUGGACCUGCCAGGCUGAGAGGUGAAAACACAAAGAGAUGUUUACCUCUGGACCUGCCAGGCUGAGAGGUGAAAACACAAAGAGAUGUUUACCUCUGGACCUGCCAGGCUGAGAGGUGAAAACACAAAGAGAUGUUUACCUCUGGACCUGCUCGUCCGUCUAUUUCACCUGGUGUCACUUUCAACCCUACUUCCACUAGGAUUUCAAAACAGCCCUUCAGAAAGUCCUUCCAGGGCUGCUUGUUGGACACCUCCUAUCCCACUUGUACAGCCUUUCUGUCUCCUGUACAGUAUAGAGUGGGCUGCUGACGGACCUACCGGCUGGCAGACAGGAUGGCAUUUCUUUCCCUUAUCCUAUGACCACUGAAAGACAUUAAGCUCUCUUCAUGUUAGGGUAAAAUUCAGAAAAUUCCCAAGAUGGCAAGUCUGGAGUUAGCAAGGCCUUGCUACGGAUGCAUGUCUUUAACCAUCUGUUUGUUGAGCAGCAUGUUUUAACAAACAUGUUUUAUUUUAUUUUGUCUGUCGAUGUUUUGAGUUUAAUCAAACAGACAGACAGACAUACGGAGAGGAUUUUUUUCUCCCGGCAUCCCUGAAGCACAUGGGGAUAGUAGGUUUUUACUUAAUCUGACCUUUAACCUUAUACUAACGUUAAAUCUACGUUAUACUGACGUCGAGGCGACGUUUGUACGUGUUUAUUCUGUCUCUCUUCUGGACUCCCACCACUACCUUUUGGAAGCUUGAAUUACCUGAUUGUCUGGUCUGUCUGGAUUUGUACUUUUCUCCUCUCUUAGUUUUUUUCUCCUAGUGUUUGUUGGUGUGUUUGUUGUCUAUCUGUCUUAGUUGGACUGUUUAAAAAAAAAAACUAGUUUGUAUAGAAUAACAAAUACUUGUUUAAUAUCUUCAUGUAUAAAUAGUAACAGAUUUUCUCAAUAUAACAUGAAGGCUGCUUCAUCAUUGUAUCUUGGAGGAUUGAUAUGAGUAAGUAGACUUCCUGGUUGUAGGAUUCCUUAUUUCCUGUUUAUUCCUUCCUGUUUUCUGGGAACUCUUCCAACAACCAGGAUUUCUGGAAAUCGGGGAAUUUGGGGAAAAAGUUAACAAAAUGUUUUCAAAUCUAUUAGUAUGUUAUUUGUAACCAGGUCUAAAGCGUACCUGGUGAAAUGAAAUCCAUAUUAUUAUUCUGAUCUUUAUUAGAACUGAUAAAAGUGGUGGUUGUGCCAUAUUCAUGUUUUUUUAAAAACUUGUGUUAUUACCUUGUCAAUACAGAGUUUACACUUUCAGCAUACCAGUACAUUUUAAGCACAUUAUCAGAUUUGUAGCAGUAUAUGGUUUGAAUUGAAUUGUAUUUAUUGGGAUUUGGGGAUUUUAAAUUAUGUCUGGCAUGAAUAUAUUCAAAUCGAAUCAAAUCAAAUUGAUUUAUAUAGCCCUUCGUACAUCAGCUGAUAUCUCAAAGUGCUGUACAGAAACCCAGCCUAAAACCCCAAACAGCAAACAAUGCAGGUGUAAAAGCACG